UGUUGAUGUUCGUUUGCCAUCAUUAGAAAACGAUGUUUUGGAAGAACUUGCUGCUUUUUUGUUUACACCGACGGAACGUUCAAAGGAAGAAUUAUAUUGAUGCUGGUGCAUAGAUCAGAGAACUGUUCUUUUGGCUGUAACCAUGCUUUAACCACGUGGAAAUUAAGAGGCUGUUUUUGUUUCAAUAAGAAAUUUGCGCAACUUCCGAGUCCACACAUUUACACACCGUGCGUGAAUGGGACUUCAUCGGCCGUGACAGUAUUCAAUCUGCAACUCGGUGCACCUUCUUUAUUUUUUGUCGUCUGCUCAGUUUUCCCAGAGCUGUACUCGGUUUGAACAAAGGGAAAAGUUCAGCCAACUUUAGCCGGUGAUUAAAUCUACAAUUCGGACAGAUUAAUCGGACAUCUAUUUGGAUGAACAGUCUAUCCGGUUUGCCUGUUCCAAUGAAGAUGACAUCCGAGGCCGGUGUUGUGCGGCAUCUUGACGGCGGGCCGAGAGCACUGCAACAGCGGGCAACAAACUCCCCGCUCGUACCGCUCGUGGUGUCUGGACUCUCUUCUGGCGGGGGUGGUGGAGUUGACUUCCCGGGUGGUCAUCAGGUGGCGGCUGUCCGCUUACAAUCUCUCUCCGUACCAACCUUACAUCAUCAAGGUGUACUAGAUGGUGUCAAGACGCCUCAUAGUAACCUCAAUUAUAUUGGAGGACGAUCUUCAUCGCCAGUUUGCUCAGCUGCUGCUAAUAAAAAUAGGUCACUGAACGAAGGGGAGAACAACAACAAAACGGAUUCAAUAAGUUCGACGAGUUCAAGCAAUGAAAAGAAACUUCAAUACCCUUUUGUUCAGUGACGUCUUCACUUUACAGAUAAUUUUAUUGCAGCUUUCCUCAGGAGAAACUAUCAAUGCGCGUUUCUUGAAUUAAAUUUGGGUCUAACAGGAUGACAAAAUUUUCAUUCACAAUUAUACAAUAAUGUGCCUCUCUGAGAUUUGCUUUCAAAGAAUACGUCUGAAAUUUAAUAUUAAAUGCAAUAAUGAUAGCUUUAUUUAUAAGGCGCAAAUACUGUGGGCAACGUUCAGCAGCUAGUAAUUUAUGUCAUUUGUUGAAUUUGACUUCAGGCUGAAUUUUCCAUUCAAUGAAUUGAAAAUUUG